AUGACCGCUAAUGGAUUUUCUAAUGGCCAAACUUCUAGGCUCCUAAAGCCUGGUAUCUAUGCUCCCAUUCCUACGUUUUUCCUUCCGGAGUCUGAGGACUUGGAUCUUCCCUCUUUCGAAGCCCACGUAACCCGGGUUGCUACUGCAGGAGUUGGACCUUUGAUUGCUGGAUCAAUGGGAGAGGCCGUACAUUUGUUGCAUUCGGAGCGGGUCGCUCUCAUUCAUGCAGCGCGGAAAGCACUGGAUACCGCCGGUUUGAACCAUGUACCCUUAAUCGUCGGAACUGGAACUGGGAGCACUCGCGAGACGAUUGAACUUACUAAGGAAGCGGCCGAGGCUGGUGCUGAUUAUGCCAUCGUGAUCGCUAGCGGAUAUUUUGCUGGAGCUUUGGCGGGAAAUAAAGAAGCAUUGAAGGCAUUUUGGACAGAAAUAUCAGAGAAAAGUCCGAUCCCCGUCAUGAUAUACAACUAUCCAGGAGCCAGUGGAGGUAUUGACUUGGAUUCGGACAUCAUUUCUGAAUUGGCGUUAGAAUGCCCGAACCUCUGUGGUGUGAAACUCACGUGCGGUAAUGUUGGCAAGCUUACUCGAAUUGCCGAUGUUGUGUCCGGGUCAGACUUUUCCUCGAAGUAUCCUCGCAAGAAUAAGAACGCUCCUUUCCUCGUCCUCGGUGGUUUUACCGACUUUAUCACGCCCUCUACAUACGCAAACGGGCAUGGUGCGAUAACUGGUCUGGGAAAUGUAGCUCCGCACUCGAUCGUGAAGCUAUUUGAAAUCUCUGUAGCGUCUCGCGAGGACUCUAGUCUUCUCCCGGAAGCGCUCCGUUUACAGGGCAUCAUUGGUCGUGCCGACUUUACGAUUGCUAAAGCUUCCAUAUCGGGAACAAAGUACCUUCUCGAGAAAUUGUAUGGAUAUGGUGGUCUUCCACGAAAGCCGUUGCCUCCUAUAUCCUCUGACGCUGCUCAAGCCCUUUGGGAUCACCCCCAUACCCAAGAUCUGGUUAGGUUAGAACGAGAGCUUAGUGGGAAAGUGAAGGUAAAGUGA